AUAAGCAUGAUUGUACAUUCUAGUACAACUCAACUCAUUUCACAUUCAAUUUGAUGAUGAUGCUUGUGCUUGUUUCUGUUUUCUUGUCUUGCCACGUCUGAUUAUAAGUUUUUCGUAUUUAAUUGUAGUAUUUUUGUAUAUGUUUCUAUUUUGUAUGAAAAACAAAAAUUGUUUUCAGUUAUAAAACGUCUGAUUCGUAAUGUAUUCAUUUCAAAAAAUUUUAAUAAUAGCUUGUACUGCAGUCUCUGUCCAAUGUUUAAUGUUUAGAUUACCUGCUAAUAGCAGACGGUGUUUAAAAGAAGAAAUCCAUAAAGGUGUUUUAGUUAGUGGAGAAUAUGAUUUAAGUGACGCUCCAGGUCACAUUACUGAUUUGAUGGUUGUUGAUACAAAAGGUCAUAUAUUAGUAUCAAGGGAAAAUGUAGAUAAAGGGAAAUUUGCAUUUGUUACUGAUGAUUAUGAUGUAUUUGAAGCUUGUUUCAUUUCAAAAACACCCGCUGGUCAAAGAGCACAAGAUAGAGAAGUAGUUUUAACUUUGAAACAUGGUGUGGAGGCUAAGAGCUAUGAUGCUGUUGCUGAUAUGGGCCGCUUGAAACCUCUUGAAGUUGAAUUGCAAAGACUCGAAGACUUAUCAGAAUCAAUUGUGAAGGACUUUGCUUACAUGAGACAACGAGAAGCUGAGAUGAGGGACACAAAUGAAUCUACAAAUACCAGAGUGCUUUAUUUCAGUAUAUUUUCUAUGGGCAUUCUUCUAGCUUUAGCUACAUGGCAAGUUUUGUAUCUUAGGAGAUUCUUCAAAGCUAAAAAACUCAUUGAAUAAAUUCACUAUCUUCUAUGAAGAUACUUCAAAAUAUCAAAACAAAACUGUUUUGAGAAAAAAAGUUUUGUUUAAAUGCUGCUUUUUUAAAAGAAAAAAAAAAAACUCAGUCUCAAAAUGUUUUUUGAAUGCUUUUCAGUAUGCAAUAUCUUGCAAUUGUAUGUAAUUUUUCACUUAAAAAUUUUUUUGACACUAACAUGAUUAUUUGAAAGCAUUUGCAUCUUUGAACUAUUUUAAUAUCCUGGAUAGUUGAAAACAUUGUUUUGUGAGUAAGUUAAUGAUUUAUUAUUGAUUUCCAUUAUUACGUUUGUGCUCUUUUUAUGACAUUAAUAAUAAUCCAUUGGAACUUAAAUAGUUAUUAGAUGAAAUUUUUAAACAAUUGAACAAAUAUAUUUCGAAACAAUUAUCUUCAUUGUUCAGAGAAUUGUUUACUGUCUAUUCAUUUUUAUGUAAUAUUUCGUUUCUCCUAAUGCUGUAUUCAGCUAGGAUGUACAACCUAUGCUUUGAACCAAAACUGGCCGAUGAAGUCUGUUCAUUUGAUCCCUGAGCUGACAUAAAUAUUAAUAAAAAUUUUAAAAAAAGUAACAAGUAAAAGUAAGUUGCUGGUGUAUCAUAUCUAGCCUUUAAGUUUUGUUUAUGGGUUCAGUGAUAGCUGUAAAAAUUAAUUUUUAAUGAGCUUUGCAAUUUUCUUUCCCCCCUCCCCCUUUAAUUAGUGAUAAUUUGUUUGCUUUUUUAUCUUCCAGCUAUAUUUGUAACAAUUUACUUUUAUAUACUUAUUUAAUUUAUGGUAUCUUUAGUUGUGCCUGUGUAAUUUAUACAAAUUAGUACUUUAAAUUAGAAUUUAAAUGCAGCCUGAAUUUUUAGGAUUACAGUUUUAUCUUAUUAUUGGCCUGCUAUACAAGAAUGGUUGUGCGUCCUUGAUUCAGAUCGUUUCAUCUCUGUUACUGAGAAAUUUUUAGUUUUUUUUCUUCAUAUUAAUAAGGUUUAGGUUAAUAUUUUUGAAUUUUGUUUAUGCAACUAUGUACUGUCACUAUGUAAUGUUUUUCUUUCCUUUAUUCAUAUGACAAUUUCUCUAAACUAUUUUCAUUAGAAAUAAUACUUCUAGAAUUACGAGAAAUUAUGGCAAAGUUUUUGAUGGUGAAAGGUGUUAUUUAGUGCUGUUUUGGAUUUAAAAGAUGAUUGAAUUCAUUUGGACAUGUUUUGUAUAUAAGUAUUAAUUUUUUCUUAUUUUUUUCAUCAUGCAUUUUAUCAUCUGUUACUUGGAUUCAUUUUAUUGUUAUUCAUGCUUUUUAACUCUUAUUGAAUUAGUAUUAAUGUAAAGACAAUGUAUUUUUAUCAUAUUUUAAUAUAAUUUAAAAGAGGUUCUAAAUUUUUGAUAAAUGAAAUAAACGUGAUAUUGUAAUUACAGAAUAAAGCACCAUUUAAAACACUUGCUGUUUCAUUUGUACACUAAAUAAAAUUAUUACAAUUUA